UCGGUACAAGAGUUAUGUGUCUAGUAUGAUAAAUCACAAGAACAAAAGAUAAUGCUAGAAAGGAAACUAACUGUCGUGCUGACACUACUUUACUGUGUUCAUUUUCAUGUCCAAACUUGUCAUCAAGUUGAAGAUGGAAUCAGCAGAUCUCAAUUCCCAAAAGGGUUCCUCUUCGGAACAAGUACUUCCUCAUACCAGAUUGAAGGAGCACCUCUUGAAGAUGGCAAGGGUUUAAGCAACUGGGAUUUUUUCAGUCAUAUACCUGGAAAUAUAAACAAUAAUGAGACUGGAGACAUAGCAGAUGAUCAUUAUCAUCGUUAUUUGGAAGACAUCAAGUUAAUGUCCUCUCUUGGAAUAAAUGUAUAUCGAUUUUCAAUAUCAUGGGCCAGGAUCCUACCUAGAGGGAUAUAUGGGGACAUAAAUCCAAGUGGGAUUAUAUUCUACAACAAGAUUAUCGACAAUCUUCUGCUUAGAGGGGUUGAACCAUUUGUGACAAUUCACCAUCAUGACUUUCCACAAGAACUGGAAGAAAGAUAUGGUGGUUGGCUUAGCCCCCUAAUACAGGGAGAUUUUGUUCACUUUGCUGAAAUUUGUUUUAAGAGCUUUGGAGACAGGGUUAAGUAUUGGGCCACCAUCAAUGAGCCGAACUUGUAUGCAGACAUGGCUUUUAUAAGGGGAACAUACCCCCCAGGUCACUGUUCUCCACCUUUUGGAAAUUGUUAUGCUGGUAACUCUGAUGUUGAGCCUCUCAUUGCGAUGCAUAAUAUGUUACUGUCACAUGCCAAGGCUGUUGAAUUAUACCGCAAGCACUUUCAGGCAACGCAAGGUGGAACCAUUGGCAUUAUUGCACAUACCUUUAUGUAUGAACCUUUUAGAGAUGAAGAAUUUGAUAGACAAGCUGUGAAAAGGGCCUUGGCUUUUGUCAUAGCUUGGUGCUUAGAUCCCUUGGUUUUUGGUGAGUACCCUGAUGAGAUGCAAUCAAUUCUUGGGAGCCAGUUGCCAAGGUUCUCUCCUAAGGAGAAGAGUCUCAUAAAAGGCAGUCUUGACUUCAUUGGCAUCAAUCACUAUGGAACUCUCUAUGCCAAGGACUGCUCCCUCUCUGCUUGUUCUCUUGGAGCAGAUCAUCCAAUAAGAGGCUACGUGGAAACAACAGGAAUGAGAGAUGGCAUUCCAAUUGGUGAUCAGACAGGAAUAGCAAGGUUCUUUGUGGUUCCAAAGGGCAUGGAAAAGAUUGUAGACUACAUUAAGAUAAGAUACCAUAACAUGCCCAUGUAUAUUACAGAAAAUGGAUAUUCAUUACCACCUAAACCGGAUGUGACAAUGCAUGAUCUUAUACAAGAUUUUAAACGAAUAGAGUAUCAUAAAGCCUACCUUGCAGCUCUGCUUAGAGCCAUAAGGAAAGGUGCAGAUGUAAGAGGGUAUCUGAUAUGGUCAUUGAUGGACAACUUUGAAUGGGCAAGCGGCUAUGACAUAAGAUUUGGGCUUUACUAUGUGGAUAGACAGACUCUUGAAAGAAUUCCUAAACUUUCUGUUCAAUGGUUUUCUAGUUUCCUCAACAACACUAGCCACACCAACAAAGAAGACUUGAGUGAGCAAUUUCUUAGAAGCAAAGAUGUGACAAGUGCUGCUUUCAAAAUAUUUGAACUAGCGGAAUGCAUGGAUAAUAGUAUAUGCAAUUCACAAACAUGGAUCUAAAAGCCGUCAAGCUAUCACACCAAGAAAAUAUACCCAUCCAACUAUCCAUUACAGCUUUUUGGAUGAAGGGGGCUUGCAGGGUGGUUAUUAAUUUCCUCAGUAAUGAAUUCAUGAAUUGUCCCAUCAUUUUAUUUACAUGCCUAUGUACAAAUUUGCAUGCAUUUAUUUCCAAAUGUGUAUUUUUCUGUCACAUUAUGGUAUCUUUUCUUGGCUCCUGCAACAAGUUACAUGGACGAGAAGGUGUUACUUAAAUGGCAAGACAAGACUUGAAUGUAGAUGUUACUUGAUAUAUUUUCAAUGUGGCUAUUUUUAUGUUCAUGAUGGAACAUCAAAUUUGUAUCAUGGGAACACCCACGGUGAUGAUAAUUUAAAUCUCCUAUUUAGAUGUAAUCAAAUCUCAUUAGUCAUUAGGCACCCUUUUUAACUGGGUGCUAAAAAAUGUAGCAGGG